CACUUGUCCAGAGUAAACAUGACUUUUCGGUAACAGUCUCGGCAUCAACUCAUAGGUAAUGACAGUAACAGGAAAGCAGUGCCUGCAACACUUGCUUAGAAGAGCAAGAUUUCCAAAGUUCUUGAGAGAUGGCUUUAGAGACGUGUGGAAGCUGUUUGAGUUGCCUGCUGAUACCUCUUGCACUUUGGAGUAUUGUUGUGAACAUCCUCCUGUACUUCCCGAAUGGGAAAGCUCUGCAUGCAGCCAGUUACCAGCUCCCCAACUAUGUGUGGUAUUUUGAAGGGAUCUGUUUCUCAGGUGUGAUGAUCCUUCUUUUGACAGUAAUUCUGAUAACACUGGAGUGUAGCGUGUUCUAUCGGUGUUGCCAGAGUGAGAGCUGUAACAAAACCUACAGAAGUUUUAUUUCAAUUGUGCUAGCCCUGCUCGGAGUUGCUUUCUCGGGAUACAGUUGCAUCAUUUUUACCCUGGGUUUGAUUCAAGGCCCUUUCUGCAAUUCAUCAAGUGGAUGGGAUUAUAUUUUCAAAGACACUGCCGGGGGGUACCUCACAGAUUACCCUGCCUGGUCUCGAUGCACUGAACCUGCUAACAUAGUCGAGUGGAAUGUCAUUUUACUGUCAAUUCUCAUAGCUCUCAGUGGACUGCAGCUGAUCAUCUGUUUUCUCAAAGUGGCUGCUGAGUUGAAGCGGACACUCUGUGGGACCUAUUCUGUUUUUGUCCAGGGUGGGAUUCUCUGAAAUUGGGAAGGAAAUUGUCGCUGCUUCUCCCCCACCACCAGAAAAAGAGAGAGAUGGCCUGUCCAAUAUCCAUGGUGGUAGAUUUGAGUGCUACAAAGACAAAUGAAACCUUUCCCUUAAAUCUUUGUCUCUCAAGCCUCUCUGUUUUGGAUGAAGUUAUUUGAAAUGUUUGACAUCUACAUUUUAUUUCACCUGUCCUGUUGUCCCUGGCAAGGAUUCUUCAUUUUUUUAACCUCCAAGUUGUUGUGACAAUAGGGAUGUUUGAAUACCAUGGAACUGCUUUUGUAUUGAAAUCACCUUUCUUUUUUUUUUUAAUAAACUGCUGUAAACUGCUUUAAUACUCCCCUCUCAUUGCUUAGACUAUAUGGACGUUUGUGGUUCGGUAAGGACCUGGUUCAAAGCCCAGUAUAUCAGGCGGGGUUGUUAGUGCACUGCAUGAAGCCAUGAUUUCCUAAAUGACUGAGUUUUAGUUACAGACAGACCAUGAUGGCCAUGGAGGGCAGAGCUUACCCUGCUCCUUCCAUCUUGGACGCUCUUAACUGCAGAAACCAAUUACUGAAAAAAAUCUAUAAAGUCUUCCUGCAGUAAGAAAGUUACCCAGUUCUGAUUGGCAGAUUAAAUACACAGCUCUGAAGUCAGGUGUGCUAUUGGCACAUGUUAGUAGGUGCACAGGGUUUCUUUUCACUUUAUACUCAGAGGGAAAGUGUUUUUCUUUUCUUUUAGUCAAGUACAGUGUGACUUGAGGGAGCAUAUGAGAAAAACUUGUGAGGACGCAGUACUUACUUAUUAAUGCUCUUCUAAGUGACCUGAUGCCCUGACCUUGCUACAAUGGAAAGCUAAAAUUCUUGACAGAAAUCAUCAAAUGAAAAAGAAUAAUCUGUGUUAAAUUAGCAAUUAAAAGGUACUUUUACUUUCACAGAGAAUUACUGUUUCAUUCCCAGUGAAAAUUCAGGGAUUCACAAUGAAGUGGACAUCUGGCUCAUUUGCAGGUGCAGGGGCAAAAUUUGCCUGUAUUCAGCACUCUGAUUUUGAGAGGACGAACACCCAGAGGAAAGAGAAAUAUGGACUUCAGACUUGCAGUAAUGCACAUGUCCCUAUUACAUCAAAACUAGUGGGAUUCAGGUAUAUCAACAUCUAAUAUUAAACACUCUUAGAAAUGCAAACCAUCCAAAAGUGUCAGCUUUGGGUAAGUUAUUUAGGAAAAAAUAGAAUUUAAUUCAGUUUAAAGACAAUAUUGAGAUUUUGCCUUCAUAUUCCUUUAUCAGAUUGUUUUGAAAAGAUGGUUUCUUCCUGUAGGAUUUGAUUUUAUUUGCUUAGCUUCUAUAUUACGUUGCAAGAAGUAAUAAAAUAAUUAAUGAUGUUUAAGAAUGGGACUAGUCUUUUGGGAGAUAGUUUGAGGUGGCAUGGCUGGUCAGAGGUGCAUGAUAAAAAGACAUGAUUAUAAAAUGA